AUGCUGCAACCGACAGCGAGAAGUGCCAGUCGACUGAUGGCGAGGGUUCCGGCGCAGCGACUUGUGCGCUGUGCGGGCGAGUAUGUUGGGGGUCUUCCGCUGCACGCCAGAAGAUUCUGGGCAACAUCACGACGAGAGGGUGCAAUGGGAGGAUCUGGAAUGGGAAACCGCAUGCCUGCCACGUCCUCUUCUGUGGUGUCUCCGUCUGACUCGGCGCCUUUGCCUGCAACAUCCUCAGACGACCUUCCGUGGUAUCUCAAGGUCGACGUGCCCCGACACGCGGCGCUGGCAGCAGCGGAGGAGGUGGUGCUGCCGGCGAUCCCGACAGGCGCACCAGCAAUGAUGGAGCCUCUGCUGACGUUUGCGGCGCACGAUCUCGGGCUGGACGGGCUGCAGCUGCUGGACCUGCGGCAGCUCGAGCCGGCAGCAGCACUGGGCCCCGAUCUGCUGAUGGUAUUUGGCACGGCGCGCAGCGAGCGCCACCUUCACGUGUCAGCAGAUCGUCUGGUGCGCUGGCUACGGCGGUACGGCAUCCACGCGACCGCCGACGGGCUGCUGGGCCGCAACGAGCUCAAGAUCAAGCUGCGCCGCAAAGCCCGCCGCGCGAAGCUGCUGGGCAACAACACGUUUGCGGCACAGCUGGGCGGCGGUGGCGAGCCGGCCGUGGACGACGGCAUCAGCACGCAGUGGGUCUGUCUGAAUGCCGGCACGAUCGGCCGCGCGGGCGAGGAGGGCGGUGUGGUCGAUGCCGCCGGCCGCACGACCGGCUUCGGGUCCGUCCUCCGUUCUGGCACCACCGUGGUCGUCCAGAUGUUCACCGAGGCUAAGCGGCGUCAGCUCGACCUCGAGACGCUCUGGACCCGGACGCUGAGCCGGAGCCUGCGGCGGAAGGAGGAGGAGGAGGGAGGGAGCCUGGGGGGGGAAGCGGCUGGAAAGCGACAGGAUCACAAGACACAUGCCGUCUUUGAGCAGCACUUUCAGCAGCGACGGUUCUUUGCCACGUCGGCUCGCAGACCAGCUGUCAGCAGCGAGCACGACGUGCUGAUGCUGAUGAGACAGCCCUCGCUGCAGCCGGCCGAUCUGGACAGCAUAGCGCGGCAGCUAAACAACGACCACGGAAGCAGCAGCAGCGCAAACCGAACGCGGCUGCUGCAUGAGCUGGCGCAGCACCUGCAGCGGCUGCCGCGGGCCGAGGUAGCCGAGAUGCUGGGCCUACAGUCAGGUGCUGGGCUGCCGACGCAGUUUGCGCGCACGGCGACGUUUUGCAUGCGCGGCAUGACGGCAGCCGAGACCUGGCCGUUCCGAUCGGCGGUGCACGCGACGGCGCUGCGGGCUGGCCACGCGGACUACAGUCUGGACGGCCUGGCCGCGCUGGUUGACGAGAUGCAGCGGUCGGGCGUCGCCCUGCCACGGGAGCAGGCGCUGCACCUGGUGCGGGCAGUCCUGUCGGUGUGGCGGGGAUCGUCAGUGAAAGGGGAAGCCGAGACGACAGCACGGCAGCAGACCGACGUGGUCAUGGCUGUGGUCGACACGCUACACGAGCGCGGUGAGGCCGUGCUGGCGAACGACGUGCUUGUCACGGCCAUCGGGGCACUGACAGAGGGAGGAGGCAGACUUGAGAUGAGGGACCACGACACGAGAGAUCAGGGCUCCCUUCAACACCGCCUCGAACAGCUCCUCCGCGACCUCACCCGCACUGGCCGGCUUCCCUGCCCUGACGAGGCUCAGACGGCCGCACUGCUGAGCAGCUAUGCCGCCCAGGACGACUGGCCGCGCUUCUGGACCGCCUGGCGGCUGCGACCGCAACACGGACUCGCGCGCUCGGCCCAGCUGUACGCGCAUGCGCUCGGCCGCGUUGCUCGGUCGCAGCAGCGCGCCCGCUGCGAACAGGCCCUGCGCUGGUGCUUCCACGAGAUGGCCCACGAACAUCCGCCGGUGCAGCCGGCCGGCGCCGUGCUGGCAGCCCUGCGGGCAUGCGUGCGCGUGGCCGAUCCGCAGGCUGAGGCGCUGGUGCGGAACAGAAAUAGCGGCGACUACAACAAGAAGGAGGACCCGCGGUUGCGCCGGCUGGCAAGCCGGGACUUUGUCCGGAUGCUCCAGAUGGCCGAGGCGAUGUAG